AAGUGUGACACAUAUCUUAUUUGCCCGCAAUUGUGUUAAAGGAAGCAGUUGUUACCGAUAGGCGUGUUAAAACCAUUCCUUCGAGUUGUAAGCUGAACAUGAUUCAUCUCACCUCAAUUGCAAGUGCUGCGCCUCUGCUGUAUUUUCUGUUCUUGUUGUCGUUCCCUAACGGAAACAACGCGGGUUUCUUCAGCUCUUCAUUCAGCUCGCAGUCAGACAAUAGACGUCCUCAUGACAUCACCUCUAAGCGGGGUCUGACUGGCUUGUACAAUUCUCGUGUAGAUUCUGUAGAGCACGUGACCAGACCCCUAGGGGGGUCGGCAGGCUCGUUUGGAGUAAAGCAUUCUGGAGUCGUGGUAACAACUGAAAAUGGCGACCGCUGGCUUGUACACAAGGGCCCAGGAUACGGAGAUUCAAGCGACACAGUAGUCACAAAUGCAAGGCACAUGAGUGGAGACUGGAAAUCAGCUGGCUCUCAGCCAGCGCAGACUGGGACUAAGGUAGCUGAUUACGUCAGGGCUGGCGGAGAAAACUACAAUCUGUUGUUUGACAACUGCCAUGACGCCUCUAAAAGGAUGAUGGAUGUUGGGAAUGAAAACCCUUAACUAUAUGAGAAACAACAAGAUUCUGGCCUCAAUUAUAACCAGAGAUGCUUAUAUAGUUACUAAGAUAUUUUUAUUAUUGCUGUUUCUUUGCUUUUAGGGUACUUAAGUUCAUUGAAAAAGCCAUUCCAAUGCAAUUCAGUGGGAAAACUAUAACCUAAAGUAGUUUGGAACUCGUAUGUUUGUUGAAACGCCUAACUCCACUAGCAUGCUUGUCUUUAACUCUAAAAUAACUACAUUUGUCCGGUUGAGACGAAAUCGAUUAAAACUAAUUUUAACUCGUUAACAAAUAAAUGAAUUUGUUUCAUAUAAUCAAACUCUAGCCGUUAAAAGCGCAGAGUUGUGUUCUUGUGUGGAUUAAAAACCUCGUUUGGUUCUGCCAUUUCGUCAUCUUA